GCACGCCGACGAUAAGCACGACAACGACCCUUCGCCCUUUCAACGUAGAUCCUCCGCCGUAUCCCCUGACGGUACCGUGAUACACCAUAACCAAAAACUGUCACGAUGCCCGCGCCGACAUCCCUUAUCCAGCCGCCACCGGCGCCCGAAGCGGUCCUUCUCCCCGCCCCCGAGCAAGAGGACGAGUUGCUCGUCGACAUGCAGGAAGCCAGUACCACAAAACCCAGCGCCGUAGCGCCCCCAACAACCGAAGAAGACGCGGAAAUGGCCAUCGACGAGGAAGGGCGGCCAAGGUUUGCUCCAGGAAAGGACGUGGACCCCGUCCGCCGCGCCGAGACAAGAAAAAUCCCCAUUCCGCCAAACCGCAUGUCCGCCCUAAAAAGCAACUGGUCCAAGAUAUACCCCCCCCUGGUCGACCACUGCAAGCUGCAAGUACGCAUGAACAUCAAGGAGAAGCGCGUGGAGCUGCGGUCGUCUAAGUUCACGGCGUCCAACGACGCGUUGCAGAUGGGCGCCGACUUUGUGUCGGCCUUCGCCAUGGGCUUCGACAUUGACGACGCCAUCGCCCUGCUGCGCCUCGACUCGCUGUACAUCCAGUCGUUCGACAUCAAGGACGUGCGCCAGACGCUCGGCCCUGACGCGCUCGGCCGUGCGAUUGGUCGUAUUGCCGGCAAGGAUGGGAAAACUAAGUUCGCUAUUGAGAAUGCGACAAAAACACGGAUCGUGCUCGCCGGGUCGAGAGUGCAUAUUCUCGGGGCCUUUGAGAACAUAGGCAUGGCCCGUGAAAGCAUUGUUUCGCUGGUGCUGGGUGCACAGCCUGGCAAGGUCUACAACAACCUGAGGAUUAUCGCCUCACGGAUGAAGGAGAGGUUUUAGACCUGUCGCACAGCGGGGAAAGAGCUUCACAGGGACAUCGGGCAUGGUCGGCGUUCAGGAGUACACUGUUGCUUUACAUGAUUUGUCAACGAACGAGGAUAAAUCGGCAUACCCAGGGAUCUGUGUCUGGCUGCAAAUUGCCAGUGAUUCAAUAUCCAUCGGAUGAAUUCUCCAUGCCCACUUAGGGACCGUCGCGGGUAUCAUAGUUCAAAAACUGCCCUCCCUAUUGUAGCCUCAUCCGCAUACUACUCGAUCUCAACGUCCAAUCUUCUUGAUAUGGACCUCCAGCUGGU